AUUUCCUCCUCCUUCCCUCCCUCCCUCCCUCUCUCCCUCCGCCCGCCCCGCCCGCAGCACGGCGGCGGCGGCGGCGGCAGCGGGAGCGGGGCUCGGAGAGGCGCCCAGAGCCGGCCCGGCCGGGCCGCGCCGCCGCCACCACGAGUGAGUUUGCAACAGCACGGUGCCUGUCACUGGUUAGUGCCGCUGCCUCUGCCGUGCGGGCUCUGCGGAUGCUGGUGUACCUUGGCAGCGCACCUCCUCCUUAGGAAAUCCUCUGGAGUAAAAAACUUUAAUCAGAUGUGGCAGAAGGCUCCAGAUGCCCGUAGCGGUCGUGGAGUGCAGAGCACAGAGGCAAUACCGUCUCUUCUGGAGAUCCCCGAUUUAUCCAGCCCGUGGUCGCAUCUCCCACAUGCCUCGGUAAUCUGCUGCGCCGUGCAGGAGCCUGGGGACGUGCCCCUGCCUUCGAGGGAGUUUUCUGCGCUCGGAGGUUGUUCCUGUGCAUUCCCCGAGGAGCCGGUGGGAGCUGGCGGGGCCGAGCCUUUCCCGGGGGAACAUGCACUGAAAAGAGGAGCUUUGCCAGACCACGGCUGCCAGCGCCCUUCGUCUGGACCCUGAUGGACUCCGAGGCAGGACUGCAUUACCAUGGUGAUGAUCUUAACCAAAACUCGGGCAAACAAAGGUGCUGACUCCGUAACAUGCAGGACUGAGCUGCACACUCCAAAGAUGAGUCAAGGACCUACCCUCUUCUCUUGUGGCGUGAUGGAAAAUGACAGAUGGAGAGAUCUCAGCAGGAAAUGUCCACUUCAGCUCGAGCAGCCGGGCGCCAGCAUCUGGGACUGCUUGUCGGACAAGGGCGAGGAGGGUUCGCGCUGGCCGAGGGAGCCGGCCAGCACCUGCUCCGUCACCAACCUGAUCAAAGACCUCAGCCUCAGCGACCCCCAUGGCAACCCCUCAGCACCCCCCAGCAAGCGCCAGUGCCGCUCGCUCUCAUUUUCGGAUGAAAUGUCAAGCUGCGGGACCUCGUGGAGACCCUUAGGCUCGAAGGUUUGGACCCCGGUCGAGAAACGGCGCUGUUACAGCGGGGGGAGCGUGCAACGCUACUCCAACGGCUUUGCCACCAUGCAGAGGAGCUCGAGCUUCAGCCUGCCCUCGCGGUCCAACCUGCUCUCCUGCGAGCAUCCCGCCCUCAGCAGCCGGCUGGGAUGCCAGCCGAGGAAAUUGGCCAGCGGUGGGCACGGAGGAGACCGGGUGGACAUGCAGAGGUCCCUCUCCUGCUCACACGACCGCUUCUCCUCCUCCGAGUACUGCCCGCCCUCGGCAAGCAGCACGCCCGCCUCCACACCGGAGCUGGGGCGACGAGCCGGCGGGCUCUCCCGAAGCCGCUCGCAGCCCUGCGUCCUGAACGACAAAAAGGUUGGGGUCAAGCGACGGAGACCGGAGGAGGUUCAGGAGCAACGGCCCUCGCUGGACCUCGCCAAGAUGACCCAGAACCGCCAGACUUUCAACAGCCUUACCUGCCUUAGUGCCGCGGCCGAGGACGGCUCCCAGCGGCUCCCCGGCCCCCAGCCAUGGACCACGGCCCCCCGCUCCCCGGAGGUGAUGCCGGGCAGGACCCCCGCCUGCACCCCGGUACCGGAGCUGCCGCGCUCACGGGCCGAUGAGCGCCGGGCCAGCAAGGACGACCUCUCCUGCGAGGAGGAGGAGGAGGGCGGCGGGAAGGAGGAGGAGGGGGUGGCGUGGCGGAGCGGCGGGAUGGGCGCCGAGAGCCUCUUCCAGCUGGACGGCGAGAUAGAUAUCGAGCAGAUAGAAAACAACUGAGGAGGGAGUGGGUCCUCUCGCCCCGGGGUCGGGGGCUGCCAGCAGAGCCGUGGAGGGCUCCCUGCUGCCAGCGCGGGGUUUGCGGGGUCCUGCCUCUGCUCCCCUCCUGCCAGCUGGAGGGGACGAAGCAGCUUUGCCAAAAUUUCAUCAGGUAUUUAGAGUAAUUUGUGUGCGUGCGUGUGUAAAUCUUGAAAUUCUUUGUAACUACUGUAGCCAGACAUCAGCUAGUCGGAGGAAACUGCCUGUCCAACUGGGGAAACCGGGCGCGGGGAUCACCAAAAACUUGCAUUUAGCGAGUAAACGGCUUUUGCCAACACAGGGUUGGAGCUGAGGAGGCCAGCCACACUCCCCUGGGUCCCACCUGCGCUUGUUUGUUCAGGGAUGCAGAAGAAGAAACCACCGCCCAUGGGACUGGAAAAAGUAGGGGGAAACCAGAAUAUUGAGAUUUGCAAACUGAGUGCUGGCUGGUAGCUGCGGGGGCGGUUGCGGCUCUUCUGCCGCAUCCUGCGUGGCCCCAGCACCCCCCCUCGCUCCCCAUCUCCCUGGCAGUGCCGUGAGAAGGAAAUCACAAGUGAAGUGUUUUGCUUAAAUUUAAUAAUGGUAAGAGCUGGAUUUUUACUUUUUUUUUUUUUUUUUUUAAUUUUCCUUUUCCCGAUGAGGAACUAAAGGGACCCCCAGCCCGCACAGCUCCAACGCAGGGCAGCAUCCGCAAAUGCCUUUCUUCCCUAUUUUUUUUUUCUUCCCAGUCCCCUCUCUCAAACCAUCGGGAAAAAGCCCCACAUAGUCUUGGCGCUGCCCUCGCUCGGGUUCCCAACUCCCAGUUUUGAGCGGGGCUGGGCCACGUACCCAUCUGCCCGCGGCUGUGCCCUCUUCGCUACCCGAGGCACGGCUGCCACCCUCUUUUUUUCGCUCUGUCUUACUGUGAAGGGGCUGCACGUCCAAGACACGCCGCGGGGUUACUUGACAAAUAUCAGCUGGCGAAAAGGCUGAAAAUCCAGGUAGCAGCACUGAAAGCUUUUCCUCUACCUGUGCCUUUUUUUAAGCACAGAUAAAGUGGUGACCAUUGCGUUUGUUUGAUAGGAAUUCUCUUUGGUAAAAAUAAGCUGUCCGCUUGCUAACAGGUUUAGAAGGACACAUAUAUUUUUUUUUCUCCCUCUUUUUUUUUUUGCUUUGUUUGUUUGUUUAAAUCUCUACAAAAGCUGUACGAGUGGCUUCCAGCAUCUUCUGUGGGUUCCCUCAAGCUCAGGGUUUACUUCCCGAGCUCUGCAAAAGCGAGAAAGGAAAAAAAAGUCAUUGAUACCAUCAGCAGUUGAAAACAUGACACUUUUAAUGGGGUUUGGCAUUCCUGUUGGCAAAGCUUUAGGAGUCCGUAACUCAGAAAGGGCUGAGAGCCGCUGGUACAGGGUUUAUUCAUCAUUUCUGGUUAUGUUAGUGCACUUUUUCCUGCGGUGGGUCGGGAUGCGUGUGGCAUCUCCCAUCACAGUGGAACCCAUCAGCUGUUAUAUAGCUUUAUCCCUGUCCUGGCACCGCAGAGGUUUUGCUCGUGGCAGCGACCACGUCCGCUCCCUCCAGGCCGGGUGCUGGCAGGCAGGGCCAGCCCCAAAUACUUGGGGAAGGGAUGACAGGGAUGUCUUUUCAUUUUGGGGGACCCGCCAGCUCUUUUAAAGUGUUGCUUUGACGCAUCGUUUAAAAGAAGACACAUCCUGGCUUCAUUUUUAGCCCUCCUGUAGUGGCAGGCGCUGCCUGGCUCAGACAUUUUGGCAGGGUCCAGCCACGCCGGCGUUUCCCCAGGCUGCGGCCACCCCUCGGGUCCAUGCCCCCGCAGUGGCACAACUGCAGCACGGCUCUCGGCUUUGAGCCUUCCUGAUGCUCAAUACCCCCCCCUUCUCUCCGCUGACGUGUCCCCGGUCUCGGGGUGCACAGCUCCCGUUGGCCACAGGCACCUCCUCAGCUGCCGGCUCCUGACUGACCGAAAAAGAGCAAAUUCACCCAAAUCCAUGUCUGGCUGCUGCCGCAGAGCUCCGGGUGGGCUCUGGCGUGUGCGUCACCGGGGCUGUAAUUCCUAAGGGCUUCUGUUUUCUCUCCAAGGGCUGCUCCCGGUGCCAUGCUACCCCCCCGGUAGGAAGGUGAGCAAUGGACCACUACCCAGCUGUGCUCGACGUAACCGUAGCAUUCAGUUUACAUACAGCACAACCCGUUUGCCUUACUAAAGACACUUCUCCGACGAGUCGUGGCCUUACACUGGGCACGUUAGCGUAGGCACAGACUACAGUUAGCGACGGUUUUGAGGCCACGGUGGUGUUCUGUUGGGUAUUUGGUUGUUGGGUUUGUAUGAUUUCAUGUACUUAUUCUCAGUUUAAGAAAGCCUUACUUUUUAAAUAUUUUUUUUCUCUCUCUCUCUGUAGAGGUAAAACAUUUGUGGAUUUAUAUAUAUAUAAAUAUAUAUAUAAAUAAAGUAAUUAAAAAUAUUAAAUAUAAUAUAGUAUGUGCCUCAGAUUCAGGGGACAUCCUGUUGAUUGUAAAGUCAGAAGUGACGUUGCUCCCCGGCAUCAGGAGAUCCGUACCCUACGCCCGCAGCGACCGCAGCGGGAGAGCAGCGCGUCCCCCCCCGGGGGUCCUGCUCUGGGUUCGUAAAGGACUUCACCUAUUAGUACAGAGAUGCUUCGGUAAACCCACCUCCCCCCAGCAAAUUCCUGCCGGCUGCCAGAAUGUGAUAUUAAAGUAAUAUGCAGACAAGGGCUGUUAUUCCUUGCUAGGUAGCUAAAACAGGUUCACGAUUGUGAAGAAACGUGGUGGCUUGUCCAGAGCGUGACCCAGCCUGGCCAGCAGCCGUUGCAGGAUGACAGCAAGCUGUGUCAGCAGCAAGAAGGGUUCAUCGGUGCCAGUCCUGCAAAAAAAAAGGAUUUUAAUAGGAAAAGUCUUAGCACGAGCACAGGGAGUUUGCUGUGCGUUCGCAGAUGCAGCUCUUCGAGCCUGUUCUAUGGAAGAUUACAUUUAAAAAAAAAAGGCAAAAGGAAGUAGUUGUAAAAUAGAUUGUAAUUUUUCCACGUUAUAGCAUAGCCUAUUUGGCCGAUAAAGUUGUGUUUCAAGUGCAUUGUUUAAAAGCUCCUGGCUGAACGGGCUAACAGACUUACGUAGGACGUUAUAGGAUUGUAGCAGUGCUUUACAGCGUAUAUGGGUUUGAUGUUCAAGAAAUCAAAAGAAGAGGAUGGCCAAAAAAAAAAAAAAAAAAAAAAAAAAGCCUUCUGAAGCUAUGACUGUAGUAGCCAAGUCUCGCUGGCAAUUGCACAAGCGCAGCGGGAUGUACGUGUCCCCGGGGAGGGGCUGCCCGAGGUGCCCCCGCCGGUGCGGCUGCCCUCUCCCCGGGCGGGCGAGGAGGCUGCCCACCCGUACCCCCUCCAUGACUUGAUUGCACUAGAGCAGCUCAGUCUCAGGAAAUUGCUUGUUACUUUUACUGUGUAAAUAAAGCUUCCUGGUUCAAUAACCCCCGGCCGGCGUCUCGCCUCUCUGUGCUCUCCCCGUGGCCGGGCACUGCGGUGGGGUCGGGGUGAGGGGGGGACCCAAAAAUGGGUGUGAGUUGGGAAAGCCCCUGGUUGGGACCCUCCAUCGGGGUGUCCAUGUUAGAAAUAAAGUGUCCCAGCCUUGGGUUGUA